AUGGGACAGUCCUCUUCUACACAACGUGACCCACCUAACACCGGCUAUCCGACACACCUUGAACCUUCACGUGGCGCGAACACGAGGGAUGAAGACAUGAAUCAUAGACAGGCGGCUGAACACGACGGAGGAGGUGAUUAUUCGGACAGACCCAGCGGGGGCGAACACAACAUGGCGUCGGACAAUAUGGCGUCGGACCAUCCAAAUGAGAGCCAAGAAGCGUGGCAACAAUCCACACGAUUCUCGCGACCCAUGCGGAGUAUCGAAGAGGAGGAUGGCGGCCACGAGUAUGAGAUGCCAUCACGUGAAAUGCGCAAUGCAGCGUUCGCUCGAAUGGCAGCGCGAAGACAAUCGACAAUGUCAAGGCUGGGUUCUAGGAUACUCCCCGACACAGUCAUUCGCAAUCUUUUCAACAGUCAAGAGGAGACUCCGGCUGAGGGCCAUGCACACCGGCAUGGGCUAUUGAACAGAACUAUCCCAAGAGUUGAGACCACUGGUCGAUUUAGUCCGUUUAGCUCUAGAGGAAUUACUCGACGACGGUCGGCUCGGGCGCCUUAUUUUAUUCCCCCGCGUGCGGAAUCCGUUGGGGCUCCAGAUGGUCCGACAAAUUUGCCGUUCGUUGAUCCUGCAGAUCAAAUACCGGAGCCUACAAGGGCUUCCUGGCGUCGCAGUGUUCGGCUGAACCGUAUGCGCCACUCAAUCUCAUCUCCUAUCUCUCACAUGUUCGGUCAACCACAAAUAAACUUGCACGAAAAUUUGGCACCCGCGAUGUUAGAUCAGUCGCUUGAGGAGAGAGCCAUGGACACUCAUAUGGAUCUUGGUGAGCUGCCUCAUGAGCUUGAUUCAGUGGAACCGGCCAUACAGCCUGGUGAGUCGUCAAUCCCUGGCCAACCAAGUCCCGCCUUGAUGCGCCGUCUUCCGGGUAUCAUCAGAGCGAGAUCAACCAGAGUACUACGACGAGAGGAACAGACCCCUCUUUCAAGAGUUCUUCAACUUGCCGCGGCCGCAAUUGCGGCUCAGCUAUCUGGCACUGCCGGCCCUGCCUUGCCCAACAUCCAAGCAUUGGGGAACGAUGGAAUUGAUGGCUCUCUGGAGAAUUUCAUUCAGAGUUUACAGCACGCGACAUCUGGUCAGGCCCAACCGACAGCGCCAGGAGAGGGACCGAGCAAUGCUGCCAACAACGAAGCACCUGCGCAACCCGUCAACUUUUUGCGUGUGUUUCGAUUCGCCAACUCGGAAACACCUGCAGGCUCAGGUGUUCCAGGGGAGAACACACACGGUGCACCUGAACACGCAGCGGAUACCAUGGACGUUGAUGGCGAUGGCGAAGGACGGACCGUAACACUGGUAGUCGUUGGAGUUCGCUCUGUUCCUGCUGGCAAUGGAGGAAACAAUGAGCAGCCACAGCAUGCAGGCCCUGGAGGCCCUGGUUUAGAUGCUUUGCUUGGUUUGCCAUUUCUGCCGCCUAAUGCUAUACCGCGACCCCAGGAACUUCCCCUUAAUUCUGCGCAGCGGGGUGAUGGACAAUCCAGAUUCCACGUCCCUCGUCACUCAAGCCAUGCAGGAGCACCUCAUCCAUCCGCUGGAGCUCCGGAAUUUGUGCGUCCAUCAAUCCCUAGUGCUUCUAGGCGGCUGUCAGAUACCGGGCCCCAUCUGUCUGCAUUAUCCGAAAGUCCUCCAGGACCUCGCCCGCCACCAUCAACUCCAGCGGAACAAGGUGCAUCUGCCGUAUCCUCGGGCACUUCCACCCCGAGUCGUAGGCCAUCAUCCGCUUCUGCGAUUGCGUCAGAUCUUCUUCCCCAUCUUCGCGAGGGUCAAAUAGUGCAGCCAACGACGGAGUCCACUGGCCCGCCCCCGGUAUUCAAUACUGCCCAUCAGCGACGGCGAAGUGAUUCUGAGUAUGCUCGCCACCGAGGACUUGGAUCCGGUUCCAUUCGACGCAAUGGAAUGGUUGAACCCGACCAGCCUCCACCAAGCGGAGGUCGCAGCUGGUUAAUCUAUGUGGUUGGAACUAAUCUCUCGGAGAAUCAUCCUGCUUUGACCACCCCAAGUCUUUUCACAGAUGUAAGAAUUCCCAUUGAUCGUCAUUCAGACGCAUUAUUGACGAUAACACAGAACCCAACUUAUGAAGACAUGAUCCUCCUUUCGUCCUUGUUGGGUCCAGCAAAACCUCCUGUUGCCUCGCAAACUGACAUUAACUCCGCAGGCGGAUUGUUCCGUCUUGUAGAGUAUGGUGGCUCCUUGGUAGCAGAAGCUGUGGAAGGUGCUGGCGCCAUUCAAAUUCAGGACGGGGAGCGCUGCUUGAUCUGCUUAAGUGAUUAUGAGGUGGCCGAAGAAGUUCGAGAGCUUGGAAAAUGCAAGCAUAUCUACCAUAAGGAGUGCAUAGACCAGUGGUUAACCACUGGGCGAAACUCUUGCCCUCUAUGCCGGGGUCAAGGUGUUCACGAAAACUCAGCAUCUGAUUCUGCUCCGCCUCCAGCCCCAGCUCCACCCCCAACUGGAACGGCCGUCUGA